AUGUCUCUACUCCCUCAAACCACACAAGACGCUUCUGUCGACCAACUCACCGACCAACUCGCCAUAACCUCCAUCGCGCACGAAAUCAACGGGCAAUGGGUGUACUUCCCGCCCGGCACGUCUAUCGAAGAGCAACUACUCAUCCUCGCCGGCGUGCAAGACUACACACUCAACGGGUCUGCCGAGCAGAUAUUCUCUACUGCGGAGAUGUCUCGCACCACCACCCACACUCCUUCUGAUAUGGAAGGUUUCGACGCGAAAGGAGCCAUGUCCCAGCGUCUGGAUAUGUUAGAGGAUACAGAAUUAGCCAGUCUAAUGCACACCAACCUCCGCCUCAAUGCCCCCUCGCAACCCACUUCCACACCCAAACCCCCUCCCUUCGCCGGCUACCAGGGCUCGUAUCCUCCCGGCUCACUCAACGAUUGUGGAGAACAUGUACACCCAGGCUUUGCGGCAGUGCAACACUCCAGACAAUCUCGCCAACGCACCAUUACCGAUGUGCGAUCAGGAGCUCUGGGAGUUGAGUAA